AAAUUGAGGCCGUGGAGGAGGGAAUUGGAGUCGGCCCCACUGGCUGUGUGCUUUGGUCUCGAUUUCUGCCCACGCUCGCACCAUUCCUCCUGGUGAGGGAGGGACUCGCACCGCCACCCCGCGGACCGAUAACUCGAGCCCCGUGCAGGCGGGGAUGGUUGUGCGCGCCUGGCCGCUCCCUCCCGGGUCUCUUCGGCCCGAAGCUGGGGGGCGCAGAGGCUGAGCCGCGUCGCCUUUCGGGGAUCCGCCGCCAGAAGGUUCGGGACCGCCAGCAGCUACGAGAGCCCGGGCCAAAGGUGCGGCGGGGCCCCGGCAGCCGACGCACGUUGGCUUCAGAGGGGAUUCUGCAAAGAAAGCUUCCUUUCGCCCCUGAGCGACGCCCCGGGAGCCAGACGGAACGACAGCCCCUUCUAGUCCCCUUUCCUCGCCGUGCCGCCCCCCGGGACCCUCCCGAAGUGCCCCCGUCCAGGGCUCUGGCCCCGGCCACCCGCUGAAGAAGCCGCAGCCACCGGGGGGAUUGGGGGAUUUCACACUUCAUGGGCCGGCCGAGGGGGCGCCGGGCGCCGGGCGAGGGGGCUACCUAGAGCUUGGUUAGGGGCGGCCGAGCGCCGGGCGAGGCACUGCGGAGGGACCUGAUAGGGGCGACCGAGAGCCCGGCGAGGAGCGGUCAACAGCCCGGGGAACGCGCCCUCGGGGCGGACAGCGCGGCGGUCCUCUCCGAGGCGAUGCCCGGGCGGCUGCGGGCAGCCGGCCGCCCGAGGUCCUAGGUGGGCAUGGACCUGGCGCCCCAGUCCUAGGGACCCUCGAACUUCGCCGCUCUGCUUGGACUCGCCGGACCAACGCAAUGGCCUCGGAAGUAGUGUGCGGGCUCAUCUUCAGGCUGCUGCUCCCCAUCUGCCUGGCAGUAGCGUGUGCGUUCCGGUACAAUGGGCUCUCCUUUGUCUACCUCAUCUACCUCUUGCUCAUCCCCCUGUUCUCGGAACCAACAAAAGCAACGAUGCAAGGACAUACGGGCCGGUUAUUAAAGUCUCUGUGCUUCACCAGUCUUUCCUUCCUGUUGCUUCACAUCAUUUUCCACAUCACGUUGGCCAGUCUGGAAGCUCAACAUCGUAUCGGACCUGGUUACAACUGCUCAACAUGGGAAAAGACAUUUCGGCAGAUUGGCUUUGAAAGCUUAAAGGGAGCUGAUGCCGGCAAUGGGAUCAGAGUGUUUGUGCCUGAUAUCGGGAUGUUCAUUGCUAGUCUGACCAUCUGGCUCGUCUGCAGGAACAUCGUUCAGAAACCCGUGACCGAAGAAGGAGCACAGUAUAACUCGGAGUUUGAAAAUGAAGAAUUGGCCGGAGGAGAAAAAAUAGAUCCAGAAGAGGCACUGAUCUACGAAGAGGAUUUAGAUGAAGGAGACGGUGUGGAAGGCGAGGUGGAAGAGAGCACAAAGUUAAAAAUGUUCCGCAGACUCGCCUCGGUGGCCUCCAAGCUUAAGGAGUUUAUCGGCAACAUGAUAACCACUGCUGGAAAAGUUGUGGUGACCAUUUUACUCGGUUCAUCAGGUAUGAUGUUGCCGUCUUUGACCUCAUCUGUGUACUUCUUUGUAUUUUUGGGUCUGUGCACCUGGUGGUCCUGGUGCCGGACAUUUGAUCCAUUGCUGUUCAGCUGUCUCUGUGUGCUGCUGGCUAUUUUCACUGCGGGGCACUUGAUUGGACUUUAUUUAUACCAGUUCCAAUUCUUUCAAGAAGCAGUUCCACCCAAUGACUACUAUGCAAGGUUGUUUGGUAUCAAAUCAGUCAUUCAAACGGACUGUUCCAGCACGUGGAAGAUUGUAGCAAACCCAGACCUGUCAUGGUAUCACCAUGCCAACCCCAUAGUCCUGCUGGUGAUGUACUAUACGCUGGCAACUCUGAUCCGCAUCUGGCUACAGGAACCCCUUGUGCAGGAUGACAGGACCAAAGAAGAGGACAGAACCCUGGCUUGUAGCCCCAUCCAAAUAACAGCUGAGAGGAGGCGAAGCCUGUGGUAUGCCACACAGUACCCAACGGAUGAGAGAAAACUUUUAUCCAUGACCCAAGAUGACUACAAACCAUCUGAUGGCCUGCUGGUGACCGUGAAUGGCAAUCCCGUAGACUACCACACCAUCCACCCCAGUCUCCCCGUAGAGAACGGCCCCGCCAAAGCCGACCUGUACUCCACCCCGCAGUACCGGUGGGAGCCCUCUGAAGACUCCUCAGAAAAGAAAGAGGAAGAAGGAGAGGAGAAGGAAGACUUUGAGGAGGAAAGGAGCCAUGAGGAGAAACGAAGUGUUAAAGUUCAUGCCAUGGUCUCUGUGUUCCAGUUUAUUAUGAAACAAAGUUACAUCUGUGCCCUUAUUGCCAUGAUGGCUUGGAGCAUCACCUAUCACAGCUGGUUGACUUUUGUGUUGUUGAUUUGGUCAUGCACCCUUUGGAUGAUUCGCAACAGAAGAAAAUAUGCCAUGAUCAGCUCUCCUUUCAUGGUCGUCUAUGGAAAUCUGUUGCUGAUAUUACAGUAUAUAUGGAGUUUUGAACUUCCUGAAAUUAAAAAGGUCCCAGGAUUUUUAGAAAAGAAAGAGCCAGGAGAACUUGCCUCAAAGAUACUUUUCACCAUUACUUUUUGGCUACUGCUGAGGCAGCACCUCACGGAGCAAAAAGCUCUUCAAGAAAAGGAAGCUCUUUUAUCUGAGGUCAAAAUCAGAAGUCAGGAAAAUGAAGGAAAAGAUGAUGAGCAAGAGCUACAAAUGGAAGGAGAGGCUGAGGAGAAGGAGGGAGAGGAAGCAAAGGAAGAAAAGCAAGAGAGAAGGAAGGAAGAAGAAGAAGAAAUGGAAGAAGAUGACAACCAGGACAUCAUGAAAGUGCUGGGCAAUUUGGUGGUGGCCAUGUUCAUCAAGUAUUGGAUCUACGUGUGUGGAGGAAUGUUCUUCUUCGUCAGCUUCGAGGGUAAAAUUGUGAUGUACAAAAUCAUCUACAUGGUGCUGUUUCUGUUCUGUGUGGCCUUGUAUCAGGUGCACUACGAAUGGUGGAGGCGAAUCCUAAAAUAUUUUUGGAUGUCUGUGGUUAUUUACACUAUGCUGGUGCUUAUCUUUAUAUACACAUAUCAGUUUGAAAACUUCCCAGGCCUGUGGCAAAAUAUGACAGGAUUGAAAAAAGAAAAGCUCGAGGAUCUCGGCUUAAAACAGUUCACCGUAGCAGAACUAUUCACUCGCAUCUUCAUCCCAACCUCCUUUCUGUUGGUGUGCAUUUUACACCUCCACUACUUCCAUGAUCGGUUCCUGGAGCUCACGGACCUGAAGUCCAUUCCCAGCAAGGAAGACAGCGCCAUCUACAGACUGGCCCACCCUGAAGGAAGUCUUCCAGACCUUGCCAUGAUGAAUCUGACCGCCAGCCUGGAGAAGCCGGACUUGAAGAAGCUGGCUGAGUCUGGGGAGGACAGACCAGAGGAAUGCCCUGAAAAGGCUGAGCUUGGGAAAGACAGCGAAGAAGAGGAGGAAGGGGAGGAAGAGGAGGAGGAAGAGACAUCAGAUUUAAGAAACAAAUGGCAUCUGGUGAUUGACCGCCUCACCGUGCUCUUCUUAAAAUUCCUGGAGUAUUUUCACAAACUGCAGGUGUUCAUGUGGUGGAUUUUGGAGUUGCACAUCAUCAAAAUUGUUUCAUCGUACAUCAUCUGGGUCUCUGUGAAAGAGGUGUCACUGUUCAACUCUGUAUUUUUGAUUUCUUGGGCUUUUGCUCUGCCAUACGCCAAGCUACGCCGUCUGGCUUCAAGUGUCUGCACCGUCUGGACGUGUGUGAUCAUCGUCUGCAAAAUGUUGUACCAGCUGCAAACCAUUAAGCCUGAGAACUUUUCUGUUAACUGUUCCUUGCCAAAUGAAAACCAAACAAAUAUACCCAUCCACCAGUUGAACAAGUCUCAACUCUACAGCACUCCUAUUGACCCAACAGAAUGGGUCGGCCUGAGGAAAUCUUCCCCUCUGCUCGUCUACCUGAGGAAUAAUCUGCUGAUGCUGGCCAUUCUGGCCUUUGAGGUUACAAUUUACCGCCAUCAGGAAUACUAUCGAGGUCGAAACAACCUCAUGGCCCCUGUGUCUAAAACCAUCUUUCAUGACAUUACAAGACUCCAUCUAGAUGAUGGACUUAUUAAUUGUGCCAAAUAUUUCAUAAAUUACUUCUUCUACAAGUUUGGUCUGGAGACCUGUUUCCUAAUGUCAGUUAAUGUAAUCGGUCAGCGAAUGGAUUUCUAUGCCAUGAUUCACGCCUGCUGGCUAAUCGCUGUCUUGUAUCGGCGCAGAAGAAAGGCCAUUGCUGAGAUCUGGCCCAAGUACUGCUGCUUCCUGGCAUGCAUCAUCACCUUCCAGUAUUUCAUCUGCAUCGGCGUCCCUCCGGCUCCUUGCAGGGAUUACCCAUGGAGAUUCAAGGGUGCUAGCUUCAACGACAACAUCAUAAAGUGGCUGUACUUCCCAGACUUCAUUGUGCGGCCCAACCCCGUGUUUCUUGUCUAUGACUUCAUGCUGCUCCUGUGCGCCUCCUUGCAAAGGCAGAUCUUUGAGGAUGAAAACAAGGCUGCAGUGCGGAUCAUGGCAGGGGACAACGUGGAGAUCUGCAUGAACCUUGACGCGGCCUCCUUCAGCCAGCACAACCCCGUGCCAGAUUUCAUUCACUGCAGAUCGUACUUAGACAUGUCCAAAGUGAUCAUCUUCAGCUACCUCUUCUGGUUUGUCCUCACAAUCAUCUUCAUCACGGGGACAACCAGGAUCAGCAUCUUUUGCAUGGGUUACUUGGUGGCCUGCUUCUAUUUCCUGCUCUUUGGGGGUGAUUUGCUGCUGAAACCCAUCAGGAGCAUCCUGCGCUAUUGGGACUGGCUGAUUGCAUACAACGUUUUUGUGAUUACGAUGAAAAACAUAUUAUCAAUAGGAGCGUGUGGAUACAUUGAAAAAUUGGUUCAAAAUAGUUGCUGGUUGAUCCAAGCGUUCAGCCUGGCCUGUACAGUCAAAGGCUAUAAAAUGCCUGAUGAUGAUUCCUCAUGUAAACUCCCCAGUGGUGAAGCAGGAAUUAUUUGGGACAGCAUAUGUUUUGCCUUCCUCCUACUGCAGAGAAGAGUUUUCAUGAGUUACUAUUUCCUACAUGUUGUGGCUGAUAUAAAAGCUUCACAGAUCCUGGCAUCAAGAGGGGCUGAACUUUUCCAGGCCACAAUUGUAAAGGCCGUAAAGGCAAGAAUUGAGGAAGAGAAAAAAUCAAUGGAUCAACUGAAGAGGCAGAUGGAUCGCAUCAAAGCCAGGCAACAGAAAUACAAAAAGGGUAAGGAGAGGAUGCUGAGCUUGACCCAGGAAUCAGGGGAAGGCCAAGACAUCCAAAAACUCUCUGAAGAGGAUGACGAAAGAGAAGCAGACAAACAGAAAGCCAAGGGCAAAAAAAAGCAGUGGUGGCGGCCUUGGGUUGAUCAUGCUUCCAUGGUCAGGAGUGGAGAUUAUUAUUUGUUUGAAACGGAUAGUGAAGAGGAGGAAGAGGAAGAACUGAAAAAGGAAGAUGAAGAACCUCCGAGAAGGUCCGCUUUCCAGUUUGUUUAUCAAGCCUGGAUCACGGACCCUAAAACAGCACUCCGACAGAGGCGCAAAGAGAAAAAAAGGUCUGCAAGAGAAGAACAGAAAAGAAGGAGAAAAGGAUCUGGGGAUGGUCCUGUGGAGUGGGAAGCCCGAGAGGAUGAACCAAUCAAAAAGAAAUCUGAUGGACCAGACAAUAUCAUCAAGAGGAUAUUUAAUAUUUUGAAAUUCACCUGGGUCCUGUUUCUGGCAACAGUGGAUAGUUUCACAACUUGGCUUAACUCCAUCUCAAGGGAGCAUAUUGACAUAUCUACGGUUCUGAGGAUUGAACGAUGCAUGCUGACCAGAGAAAUUAAAAAGGGCAACGUUCCCACCCGGGAGAGCAUCCACAUGUACUACCAGAACCACAUCAUGAACCUUUCCAGAGAGUCGGGACUGGACACCAUUGAUGACCGUCCCGGUGCGGCUUCAGGUGCACAGACAGCCCACAGGAUGGAUAGCUUAGAUUCACAUGACAGUAUCUCCAGUGAGCCCACGCAGUGCACCAUGCUGUACUCGCGCCAGGGGACCACGGAAACCAUAGCGGAGGUGGAGGCCGAGCAGGAUGACGAGGCGGUGGCCAAAGACGCCGAUCAGGGAGGGGAGGAGGCCGCGGACUUGGGGCCGGUGGAGGCCUCGGAGGCCGGCCUCACCCCAGAUGCCGAGCUGCCGCACUACUCCACCGAGGAUGGGGACGUGGAGGCGCCUCCCUCCUACAGCAAGGCGGUCAGCUUCGAGCGCCUGUCCUUCGGCUCGCGGGACGACUCUGCAGGCCAGAGCCACAUGGCCGUGAGCCCUGACGAGAGCCGCUCAGACAGGCUCGAGUCCAGCAUCUUACCGCCCCUGACUCACGAGCUGACGGCCAGCGAGCUGCUGCUGAACAAGAUGUUCCAUGAUGACGAGCUGGAAGAGUCCGAAAAAUUCUACGUUGGCCAACCCCGGUUCUUGCUGUUGUUCUAUGCCAUGUACAACACUCUGGUGGCCCGCUCAGAAAUGGUGUGUUAUUUUGUGAUCAUCCUCAACCACAUGGUCUCUGCCUCCAUGAUCACCCUUGUGCUUCCCAUUCUGAUCUUCCUCUGGGCCAUGCUGUCUGUGCCCAGGCCCAGUAGACGAUUCUGGAUGAUGGCCAUUGUCUACACAGAGGUGGCAAUUGUGGUCAAGUAUUUCUUCCAAUUUGGCUUCUUUCCCUGGAACAAGAACGUGGAAUUGAACAAAGAUAAACCUUUCCACCCACCGAAUAUCAUAGGAGUGGAGAAGAAAGAAGGCUACGUCCUUUAUGAUCUCAUUCAGCUCUUGGCUCUUUUCUUCCAUCGGUCCAUUUUGAAGUGCCACGGCUUAUGGGAUGAAGAUGACAUCACCGACAGUGGCACAGACAAGGAAGAGUCGGAUGAUGAGCUGUCCCUCAGUGGUGGCAGGAGAGCCUCCUCUGAUUCUCUGAAAUCCAUCAACCUGGCCGCGUCAGCGGAGUCGGUGCACGUGUCCUUCCCGGAGCAGCCCACGGCCAUCCGGAGGAAGCGAUCGGGCAGUAGCUCCCAGAUAUCGCCCAGAUCCAGCUUUUCUUCCAAUAGGUCCAAAAGAGGCAGCACAAGCACCCGAAACAGCAGUCAAAAAGGAAGCAGUGUUUUGAGCAUCAAGCAGAAAAGUAAAAGGGAACUUUAUAUGGAAAAGCUUCAAGAACAUUUAAUCAAAGCAAAAGCAUUUACCAUAAAGAAGACUUUGCAAAUAUAUGUGCCCAUCAGACAGUUCUUCUACAACCUCAUCCAUCCAGACUACAGUGCUGUGACCGAUGUGUAUGUGCUCAUGUUCCUGGCUGACACUGUUGACUUUGUCAUCAUCGUCUUUGGCUUCUGGGCCUUUGGGAAACACUCAGCAGCAGCAGACAUCACCUCUUCGCUGUCAGAGGACCAGGUGCCUGGGCCUUUUUUGGUGAUGGUCCUAAUUCAGUUUGGAACCAUGGUCGUGGACCGAGCACUAUACCUCAGGAAGACCGUCCUGGGAAAGGUCAUUUUCCAGGUCAUUCUUGUGUUUGGAAUUCACUUCUGGAUGUUCUUCAUCUUGCCUGGUGUGACUGAGAGGAAAUUCAGCCAGAACCUGGUUGCUCAGCUUUGGUACUUUGUGAAAUGUGUUUACUUUGGGUUGUCUGCCUACCAAAUCCGUUGUGGCUACCCAACGCGAGUCCUUGGAAACUUCCUCACCAAGAGCUACAAUUAUGUCAACCUCUUCUUGUUUCAAGGGUUCCGCCUCGUUCCCUUUCUGACUGAGCUGAGGGCUGUGAUGGACUGGGUGUGGACAGACACGACCUUGAGCCUCUCCAGCUGGAUCUGUGUGGAGGACAUCUACGCUCACAUAUUCAUCCUGAAGUGUUGGCGGGAGUCUGAAAAAAGAUACCCGCAGCCCCGGGGGCAGAAGAAGAAGAAAGUGGUGAAGUAUGGCAUGGGAGGCAUGAUCAUCGUUCUGCUCAUCUGCAUUGUCUGGUUUCCCCUUCUCUUCAUGUCCUUGAUCAAAUCUGUGGCGGGGGUCAUCAACCAGCCCCUGGACGUCUCGGUCACAAUCACCCUGGGAGGGUACCAGCCUAUUUUCACAAUGAGUGCACAGCAAAGCCAGUUGAAAGUUAUGGAUCAGCCCAAGUUUAAUAAAUUUAUGAAAGCUUUUUCUAGGGACACUGGUGCUAUGCAAUUUCUGGAAAAUUAUGAAAAAGAAGACAUAACUGUAGCAGAACUGGAAGGAAACUCAAAUUCUUUGUGGACCAUCAGCCCUCCCAGUAAGCAGAAAAUGAUAAGCGAACUCAUGGACCCCAAUAGUAGCUUCUCUGUUGUUUUUUCAUGGAGUAUUCAGAGAAACAUGAGUUUGGGUGCAAAGGCAGAAAUUGCAACCGAUAAGCUUUCUUUUCCUCUUAAAAAUACCACACGAGAACAUAUAGCUAAAAUGAUAGCCGGCAACAACACGGAAAGUUCAAGAACACCGGUGACUAUAGAAAAGAUCUACCCAUAUUACGUGAAAGCACCUAGUGAUUCGAAUUCAAAACCUAUAAAGCAACUUUUGUCUGAAAAUAACUUCAUGAAUAUCACCAUCAUUUUGUCCAGAGACAAUACAACUAAAUCUAACAGUGAGUGGUGGGUUCUCAACCUGACUGGAAACAGAAUAUACAAUCAGCACGCUCAGGCCUUGGAACUGGUGGUCUUCAAUGACAGCCCGCCCAGUCUGGGGUUCCUGGCUGGCUAUGGUAUCAUGGGAUUGUAUGCUUCGGUUGUCCUUGUGAUUGGGAAGUUUGUCCGUGAAUUCUUCAGUGGGAUUUCUCACUCCAUCAUGUUUGAAGAGCUUCCAAAUGUGGACCGAAUUCUGAAGUUGUGCACAGAUAUUUUUUUAGUUCGAGAGACAGGGGAGCUGGAACUCGAGGAAGAUCUCUAUGCCAAAUUAAUAUUCCUGUACCGCUCACCAGAAACCAUGAUCAAAUGGACUAGAGAAAAAACAAAUUGAUGCUUUAAGACACAGACUGCAGAUCAAAUUAACAUUUGAAUUUUAAAAAAAGCACAAUAUCCUCAUAAGAGCUAAGCAUUUCUAGUUGGAUGGAAAUGGUUUCUCUUCUGACAGGUGGU